AGUAAAGCAGUGAAUAGCGACCAACUUUCGACACACUAAUGUUGAGAAUUUUUCGCCGGUUGGCCGUAAUAAAAUCGGCGCUUAAACCUAUUCCAGCGGCCCGCCAAUGCAGCAGUACUGCCCCACUUGAAUAUCACUCGAAGCCGCUCACGUUUAGUCAAGUCGACAUGAAAGUCCUACUCCUUCCCGCACUCAAGGACAAUUACAUGUACCUCCUGAUAGAUGAGGACACCAAAGAGUGUGCUUGUGUGGACCCUGUGGAACCAGAAAAGGUUCUCAGUGCCGUGAAGAAAGAGGGUGUCAAGCUGACCACGGUCAUCACCACACAUCACCACUUGGAUCAUGCCGGUGGAAACAAAGAACUUGUGGAAAUGGCCAGAGACCUCAAACUGACCGUUCUGGGAGGAGAUGACCGCAUCGAUUCCCUGACCAGGAAAGUGGCACACAACGAUGAGUUCAAGGUUGGCAAGUUAAAUGUGCGAUGUUUGUUUACGCCUUGUCACACAACUGGUCACAUAUGUUAUUUUGUCACUGGGGACAAGGGCGAGGACCCAGCUGUCUUCACAGGCGACACCCUUUUUGUGGCGGGCUGUGGUCGGUUCUUUGAGGGCACACCAGACCAGAUGAAGAAAGCACUCAUCGAUACCCUGGCAAAUCUACCUGCUCAAACUAAAGUGUACUGUGGCCAUGAAUACUCUAUACAAAACCUCAAGUUUGCCCUCCAUGUGGAGCCAACGAACCAGGACACCCUCAAAAAGAUGGCCUGGGCACAGGCACAGAGGAAUAAGGACCAGCCGACAAUCCCCUCCACGAUCGAGGAAGAAAUGAAAUACAACCCUUUCAUGAGAGUCAAGCAAGCUGGGGUGCUGGAUUUUACUGGUACCUCAGAUCCAGUCAAAACCAUGGGCUUCCUCAGAUCAGCCAAGGACAACUUUAAAGGCUGACGAUUAGACUUGCUCAAGUCCCUUCACUGUCGCAUCAUUUCUGUCUCAUUUCAUGUCUCAUCUGUUUAUCUGUCUUCCGUUUUUUAUCUUCGCCAAAAGUGGAUUCACAGUACUUUUGAUUGCACAAUUAUUGUUCAGAAUAAUAAAAAGACAUAUACUUGUAAGUUGAUCUGUCAAUUUCCACAUUUUCAUAGUUCUGUUAGAUCCUUUGUUACCUGUUCAAAUGGAAUCCUAUAUUAUCCAGGUAUCUGUUUUGAUUGAAUCAAAUAUACAUUUUGAUGUAUUCCUAAAACUGGUACAUUUUUAUUAACUUUUCUUUAUUGCUACUACAGUUUAGCAAACCUACCUAAUCCAUCUGGAAGUCGAAGAAGUACUUAUCCUGCAGUAUCCAUAUUGAUUGGAAAAAAAUCUUAAUUGCAGUUUUGAACAAAGUUACAGGCAUAUAAUUGUAAUUUUCCUCUAUUAAAAUGUGUCUCAUCCUGUUAAAAAUCAAGGAAUGUAUUUAAGAAUAGAACUCGUUUUCUAAAUAAAUUUUAUUUUAACCUGAAAUUUAGAGUAUGUCUAACCUUCUGUUUCAUGUGUUAAUAUUAAUAUGAAGUCUUGAAAUAUUUCUUUUAUGUAAAAUUUAAAAUAUUAAUAAGGUUGUUUUUUCUUUUCGGAUAGGUUUUAUAGAACUUAUUUGAUGUGAUUUCAGAAACUUUGUAUGUAAACUUUGUAUGUAAUUUAAUUUGAAUUCAAUUCAAAGACUGAUUGAAGAAAUGGAAGACCUACAUGUUUUAUGUCUGAUCUCAUUUGUUCUUCCUUGAAGGAUCAAGUCAUCUUUGUACACAUAUUACUGAGAAUCAACUUGAUAUUUGAAUGAAUCGUCUAUUUAUACGUAUGAUGAAAAAGUGCUAAUUUCUUCUUUAUGUAUUUAUUUAUAAUGGAAAUGUAUUUGUGAAUGACAAGAGGAGGGACUACAUAUAUUCUAUAUCAGAUUUAGUGUUUAAGCAGGCGAUGUAUUUAUCAGUGACUCUACAGUAAUAUUUGUAUCUUUUACAUGACUGUAUACACGGGUGAUUUGGUGAGUUUGUUAUUUUCGAGCAGAGCAGAAAAGUGUUGUCCACGAAUUGUGAAAUUGACAGUAUUACGAUGGACCAGAACAAGAUUAAUUUUGUCAGUCUUGCCAUUUUUAGGAAUCAGUAGGAAGAGUUCAAAUGUAUCUUCAGGGGUGAAUGUGUUAAAUCAGUCCAUUUUACAAUAUACAUGUAAAGUCCACAGCUCAAGUACAUACUAGAAAGUGUAAGUUAACCAGAAUAUUGUUUAUAUUAUUCACAAUUCAGAAAAUUAAUUAUUAUAGGGUUAAGAGCUGUUCAAGUAUUUAGUAUUAGAUAUAAUUGUAAAUUACAAAUAUAUGGGAUUGUUCAUGAUAACUUCUUGUUUGUGGACAGGAGAUCUCCCCAAGGGGAGAUAAGUAUGAUUUAAGGUGCUAAAGACAAAAACAAUAUUUACAUGUAUGUUUCAGGUAACAGGACUGAAAAAAUUGGAUAGGUCGGUAGGGAUGUCUUGAUAUACAAUAUAAAAUUGUUAUGGUCGGAGGUAAAAACUAAGGUGGGUUGGGUUCCCUGAAACAUACAUAUUUUAUUCAUUUAUUUUGCCUAAUAGACUAGGUAUACUGAUCAUGAGGUUUAUGGUAACUUAACAGAAAUCAGAUUUUGUAUCUAGUACUUGUAAGAGGUGGACAAUAAUGUUUAUUACAAUAUAACUUUUAAAUGGUAUUGUAAUGCAAUAAUUGUUCAACCCAUUGCUUUGGAGUUCAGUACUGUCCUGUAAUACUGCAAUGUCCAAGGCUUACUGUUAACAUUGGAUCAGUAGUUGUCCAAAUUACACUGGAUUGUAUGAUAACCUUAAAAGUUACACUGGAUUGUAUGAUAACCUUAAAAUACACUGGAUUGUAUGAUAACCUUAAAAUUACACUGGAUUGGUAUGAUAACCUUAAAAUUACACUGGAUUGUAUGAUAACCUUAAAAAGUAUAUAAAUUCGUUUUCAACUUGUAAUUGGAGCUUGCUGAUCUUGGGCUCAUUCUUUUAUUUUCUAAAUAAAAUCCGUAUAAAAUACAUGAAUUUUUAGGUUUACAGUACGUUAUAUUGCAAUUUUCCCAAAUUUUUGCAAUAUGGAAAUUGCUUGAAUUACCCACCCCUAGUACAUAUAUGUUUGGCAUAAGUACGUUUUACUUGUUUUAAUGGUGUAAUUCCUUUUUGUCCUAGUUAUAAAUACCAUUAGUGGUCAAGCUUUUGUCACUGAACCAUCUUUGUUUCGGACAUCAUAAAGCCUCUAGUCAGACAUCUCUCCUAGUCCUCAGAAUAUCAGGGAAUGUUCAACCCACUGGGUUUUCUGUCAUUAUUAAAUGGCAAUUUUUUUAUUCUAUAACGAUGUAAAUAUCAAAUAAAAUAUUUUUGUAAAAACUGA